AUGUCGCUCGCAGCAAUUCCGGUGUUGACGACAGCGCUGCUGACGCUGGGGGCAGUGAACGCAGACCUGCUGACACCGGAGGCAGAGAACGCCUCGCUGCUGACGCUGGGGGCAGUGAACGCCUCGCUGCCAGAGGCCUACUUGAUACAAACCUACGCGGGGAAGACGUCCGUGGUGGUCAAAAAUGUGCAGAUCUCCGAGGACGAUUCCUACGACCUCGCCCAAGCACCAUCUGCGUGUGCGUGUCGCGCACGAUGCUUCGUCGACGGGCGCUGCAUCGCGCACUCCUACAACGCGAGCGGCGCGUGCGCUCUCAGCGACAAGCUCGGCAAGACGACGCAGUCCAGCGGCGCUACUUACCAGUACUCGGAAAAUUUCGUAAAACAAGCAGAUGGUCUUUUCUACAACAAAUACGAAUACGCGUCGUACAUCGCCUGCGCAGCGCGCUGCUCUCACCCCGGCAUGAGGAUCCCGGUCGUCAAAACCAAAGCGUCGUUCGAUUUCAUCAAAGCCCGGGACACAUUCGUGGGCCUGCAGAAGGGCGGCGACGGCGUCUACCGUUGGUCGGACGGCAGCGUGCUGGACCAGACGAUCUACGGCAUCACGAGUCCGCCCAAGCAGGAUGAGCAAACGAACAUAUUCGUUACUUACCAAGGAAACUUUGACGACUCGCCUAACCUUGCUUAUGUCUUCUCUUGCAUUUGCCAAGGGGCCUUCAUCAACGUUAACUAAAAUAGUCCUCUGUUUUAGUUAACGUCCUCUUCGUCUUGACCUUAGUCCUCUUCGCCUCGGAUGCAAAUGAAAACGAACUUGAUCGUAAAUAAUCUCCACAAAUAUUCGACGGCAAGCCUAACACGAUUGACUUUUGAGAUAGAUAUUCAUCAACUGGAGUCUGAUCUAUGAUCAAUUCUAUCGUAGCUUGGUCGGUUGACUUUGAAAAGACUUCGAUGAAGAUACAAAAAAUUCUAUUAAGAAUGAAUCUGCGGCUUGUGCGGCCUCUGCAUUACGGCUCUCUGAUUGGUUACUGAACUCAAAUCUUUGUUAGAUAUCGUCUAUGUUGCCGUUCAAUGGUCACGAAAAUGCUCAAGUCUAGAAGAUCUAACAAUUUAAUUCUUCCCUCUGCUUGGCUUGGUCACCACAUUGUAACUGAUGGCCUAUUCUAAUACAAAGCGAUCUUUUCUAAUGCUAAGCAAAUAAACAGAAGUGUGCGUAUAAAAUCAAAUUUAUAAAAAAAGUGUCAUUGAAAGCAGGACUGACGUCAUUGCAUGCAUCCAAGACGAUUAGUAUUGAAUCCUUCCUAUAGAUAAUUUUGCCUUUCUUCGGGCAUGAGUGUUUUAAUUAUCAAAAUGUGUAAUGAUAAAUCACGAAGUUUUACUCGCAAUGAACUAUAAAAAUUUUAAAAAGCACCUUAUGAACGGCAAUCUUCAAUUAAUCUUUAUGCUGAUUGUUUUACUGAGCUCCGCUAAAAACAGAAAAUCAGAAUGAGUGUUCAGCAGUAUAAACCUGCAAUGAAAAUCGUAGUAAACCGAGUAAACGACAAACAUUCGUUGCUGAUGCUGGGAAAUAACAUUUAUCAUAAAAGCGGUUUCAUUACACAGUAAAAUUCGACUGUAAGGUAUCCAAUAUUACAAUCGCCAUUGAAAAUUUUACUCAUUGAUACGCCCCUUUGAUAUUGAUCUCUUCACCGCUCGAGACCUCAGGCUUAUCAACAAAUUUUUUAAAAAUUGACAACCGAAUAACCAUUGAUCAAUCUUAUCCAACAGGCCGAUACGACCAACGGGUUUUACGCUGAACUUUCAAAUAGCCCCUGCCGUGUUAAAAAAUAAACUAUACACAUAUGAACUUGUGUAGAUUUUAUUACUAAUUGUGGAAAGAUAGCUGUGAAUAUUUCACUAUCCAAGUGUAAUAAUAAUUUCAUCCUUCCUGUAGGGUGAAAGGUUAAUUUUCUUACUAAUCUAUAAAUACGUCACCAACAGUAAUUAUUCCUUAUAUUUUCCAUAGAAUAUGCUUGCACCGAAAUUUAUUUUACUUAUCAGGGUUUCGAAAAAAUCAAUCGCUUUCCAUAUCAACCCCGUUUUCAAGAUGCCAGCAUAUAAAGCCCAUUUUUGAGCAAAUCAUAGGCUCAUUCCAUAGGCAAACAUAACAGCGUUCAAACCUGAACAUCCGUUCGAUAUUACAUAUACGAAAUUUUAAAGUAACAGUUAACUCUUCUUUUUGAAGUUAACCUCUUAAAGCGGCUUUCGUUAUAAUCAGAAGCGAUGUGAGAAGAGUUAGUUUACCCGCAUCAC